CAUUUGUGGCUGUGUGAGGCAGCAGGUGUGCUCAAUCAGGUCACGGUGGGCACCGGUGAAGCGCUGAGGCCACGACAAGCGGUGCAACUUUGAGCAUCUCCCAGCACACCACUGAGAGCACCACCUUGACACGCAGCAUACGCGUCGCAACACCACCGUGACACGCAGCAUACGCGUCGCAACCAUGCGCGCCGCCUGCCUAUGUAUUGCCAUUUCAUCGGUGCAAGCUCUUGCCCCCACAGCAAAGCGACGGGACGUCGGCGCAUUUUUGGGAGGCGCCGCGCUCACCACACUCGCGCCGCGCCCCGCACUAGCAGAUGUCAAGGUCGACCCCAACUCCGUAAGAACGACCAAAGGCGGCGCGAAAUAUGUGAUAGUCAAGGAAGGUAGUUGCCCCCUCAUCGACCCGAGCGGCGCGCUCGGCAGCUGCUACCCACGCCCCGAGUCGUACAUCACGAUCGACUACACUGGCUUCCUGCCCAAUGGCCAGGUCUUCGAUUCGACAGAAAAGAAGGGCGGCAAGCCCCUCUCCUUCCGCCUGGGCGAGCGCCAGGUCGUUCCUGGGAUUGAGCAAGUGGUGGCUCAGAUGAAGCCCGGGGAGGAGGUCCAGGCGCUCUUGCCGGCAUCACUAGCUUACGGCGACAAGGGCGUCUGCACGGACGACGGCGAGUGCCUCAUCAAGCCCGGGACGAACCUGAAGUACUUCAUCCGGCUGAACCGGGUCGCGGCGGCGGCGGGGUAGGGGUAAGGUCCGUCGUGAAACUACUUACUAGGUGC